AUGCUGGCGGCGGGGGCUGGGCAAGAAGAAACAGUGCGAUACUUACUGCGCGCGCUUUCUGGGCGGGCAGACGUGUGGGCCACAGACGGUGCGAGACGCACGGCCCUGCACCAUCUCGCCAGGGGAACCUCGGAUGCGCCCGGUGUGGCGCUUUGCUUGUUGGGGCUCGAUCAGGAAGGUGGGAGGCCGCAGCAUUUGGAUUGGGAGGACGUGGAGGGCCGGACUGCAGUGCAUUAUGCCGCAAGCCGGGGGAACCUGCAAGUGCUUCGAUUUUUGUUGGGAAAAGGCGCCAAUCCUUUGGUGGUGGAUAAGGAAGGCUUAGAUCCUCUCCAGCUCCUGCUUCAAGAAAAGUCCAGGAGCGUCUCAGUGCAGAGCAAGGGGGGUGAGAUUGAGCGAUGCCUGCAGGAGGCGCAGCAGCAUGCAAGGGCCCUGACCGAGGGAGGAACGCUGCACAGCCAUGAUAGCCAGGAAGUCUCCAAGAAGAAGGGUUCAGGCAUCACGUGCGUGUGGGAGUGCAUGGCGCGGCUCUGUGGGGAGGCGGUGGAGGACGCCGGCGAUGGCGAAGAGGACGAUAUUCCCCAACCCGUUGAACAUCAACUCCUCUGCGUUUUCCGCGCAUCCAGCAUUCCUCCCGAUGCAAGCGAGGUCUACUUGGAUAACCUCCGUCGCCAUGGCUACGAUAAUCUCAUGGCCCUGCGCGCUAUCGCUUCCGAACGCUUCAAACUUAGCCUUGGCAAAUACGUGCCUGAUCGCCAGGAUAGAAAGCGGCUUAUUAAGGCCUUGAAUGCGAUGAUAGACACAGUGGACGAAAGUGGUAAGAUCCCUGAGCCACCACUUCAUCUUCCUGUGGGCGAAUACCUCAAACACCUGUUGAGCGUCUCAGACGAUCUCGCGAUGCGUUACGCGGAGGGCUUGCGGGGGAUGAACGUCCACACGGGAGCUCAGUUAGGCACGGCGUCCUAUGACGAGGUGGAAAUGAAUCUAGGAUCUACCUUAUUGCAGGGGCAUAAGAAAGCAUUGAAAAUUUGGCUACGUCUUCGCGCAGCCGAUAGGGAGGGAAGCGGACGGGGAGAAAUGAAGUCGCCCUGAAUUAUGCGUUAAAAUUUUGUGGAAGGAUUCAAUGCGCAAUGGCAAGUACAGCAAUGUAAAUGUAAAGCAACGGUGAUUUCGAUGGAUUUUUUGUGGAAA